AUGUCCACCAACGACGCUGCGAUGCCAUCUCCACCGCCAUGCUCACUUGACAAUUCCAAACUCGCCCAUCUACAAGAGGACCGCCGGUUCCGGUUCACCCCCGUCAAGACCACCCGGGACGUGCCUCGUGUUUGGGAUCGCAUGCCCUCCACUCCGUUCCUGUCGCGUCCCCGGUCCCGCAAGGUGUGGAAGCGCUUUCGCUCCUCGUUUAAUAGUAUGAAGGCGCUGCAGCGGCUGGUCGCGACCGAGCGCGAGUGCGUCGACGAGGUCCCCAACUUAACCGAGAUCAACACGUCGCGAAAUGUGACCAGCGUGCGCGGCGUGAAACGACGCUGUUUUUCACUGGAGGAUGCCGACGGGACGGCAUCGCGUGGUCGGUCAUUCCUGGAAACGAAAUGGGAGUCUAAUAUUAUCAUCGGGCGACGACGCAAGAUCCCGACAAACCACGGUCUCGUGGACGAGCCCGAGCCUAUGACCGUCGAGAACUUGCAGUCUUCAGAGGCGCAGGAUGAAAUUAGUGAUGAUGAGAUCGCAUCGGAUACGUCCACGUUGGUCGCGCAAACUUCCGUGGAACAGGACGAAUCCCGGGCGGCCACCACCGCGUUGGCGCCGCUGGUAGCCUAUCCCCGCUUGCUACAUGGCCAAUCCACUGAUGCCCCGAGUGAGACGGAUGAGACCGUCGCCGACAUAAAAGAAACGACGGAUAUUCUCUCCCCCCAAAUAGAUCAACAAGACUCCCCGUUACGGCACGACUGCGAGAACACCGAUCCGACUGCGCCUGUGACGACUACAACCGACCCUGAGGAUGCAGCGCUGGAUGCGACCAUGACGGAUGAACGACAGGCUGGACAACUAGAAGAAUCACCGAACACCGAGAACACCGACGAGAACGUCGUCGCUGACGGUACUCCUGCUGCUGCUGCGCCUGCAGCCGCCCCCGUCCAGGACUUGACUGCCGAACAAGAGUCGACCUUAGUGCGCUCGGCGCUACGAAGCUCGUUGGACGGGGAGGACGCCGCGCUGAUCAACAAUUUCCUCUCCAAGGCGAAAGCGAAACGCGAAGCCAAAGCGGCGGCUCUGGUCACGCCGGAAACCAAAGAAAAAGAAGAAGCCAUUACAUCCCCACCGGCGGAGAUCGAAGUCCCCGAAAUGCCCACACCGCCAGCAUCUCGACGGGCCUUGGAGGUUCUCGACGCCAACUCUCCCUCCCCCCAGAAGUUUCAGUGCUCACCGAUCAAGGGCUCGGUGAAGGAUGUCAACGAGAACGACGAGCCGCUGCCGGCCAGUCCUCGUCGAAGCACGCGAAACAGCACCUCCAAACAGCCGCGAACGACAACCGGCGCUGUUCGCAACACGUUCUCCCUCCGACGUGCCAAAGGAACCGAAUUUGUCUUCCUUCAACGGUCAGAGGCGCAGGAGUUGGCGUUGGCGACGCGACGGAAUACGCGCAGUAACAAAGGCGAAUCGAUCCUUCCGAAGUACACGCUGCAGAAGUUGGUUCAGCCAUCUUCCGAGCCUGAGCAGGUCGGAACCGAUGACAACAAGCCGACACGGAAACCUGGUCGGCCAGCUGCCGCGAAGAAGCGUGUCUCGUGGAAUGAGCAGCUGGUCGAAUAUGAGGGGGAACAACAGGAUAAUGGAGCGACAAAACACCGCGAUGACGUUAGUGACCGGGGAGACCGGUCGCCGGGUCGCAAAUCCGAGAAAGGAAAGAAGACCAGUAGACGCAUCACUCGCUCGCAGGGCUCCCCAGAGAGUGGUGAUGACGGGGCAUCCACCGCGUCGACUACUGCACCCGCUACUGCAACCCCUCGCACGCGCCGUGUUCGACGCCUGGGAACCCCCAAGUCAUCCACCACGGCUGCAGUCGCGUCCCUUGAGUCGAGUCCGUCGUCGUCGCUCUCGCCUAGUCCGGAGAAGCGUAAGAAGCUGACCCCUCAGUCGCCUCGCACGACGUUACUGGGGUCGUCUACGUCGAAGAAAGUGACCAGCAGCCGCAACAGCACGAGCAAAUCGUCGGAGAGCAGCAGCUCGGGCAGAAGCGCCAGUAUCUUCCAGACACAUGCCGGGUUUACGCCGAUACCGAGACGCAUCCGAUCGCGCGGGUGA